UUUGGUAACUCACGACUAGUACUUACCAAAAUCAUUCUACUUACAAGCGUCUCAUUCUUAUCCUCAAUUCCAUUUUUAGGUUACAAUCAAAUUUCCUUUUUCAAUUCUGAUUUCAAAUCCUAAAGUUGGUUCCAAACAAAGCGCAAUUAGGUUUUCAUUUCACUCCCUUUUUAGACACCGCCUCUGACGAUUGCAACCCGCACCCACUCGCGACUCACCAGUCUUCGCUCCUCAGCCACCGUCUCUUUGGCUUUCACUUGGACCGGCUAUCUGCAUCAUCAUGAGCCACCGUGAGCGGAGGAAGAGAUCUGUUACGGACGACGAUAUUUCCGAUUAUUUGGCCAAGAAAGCGCAGAAAAAGGCGCUCAAAGUCGCCAAGAAAUUGAAGGCUGAGUCAGUGUCGGGGUAUUCAAAUGAUUCGAAUCCCUUUGGUGAUUCAAAUCUCAAUGAAAAGUUUGUGUGGCGGAAGAAGAUUGAGCGUGAUGUAUCUCAAGGCGUGCCACUUGAAACAUUUUCGGUAAAAUCUGAAAAGAAGAAACAAAGAGAAAGGAUGGCAGAAAUUGAAAAAGUGAAAAAGAGAAGGGAGGAAAGGGCCAUUGAGAAGGCACAACAUGAGGAAGAAAUGGCAUUGUUGGCUCGAGAGCGUGCUCGGGCUGAAUUUCAAGACUGGGAGAAGAAAGAGGAAGAGUUUCAUUUUGAUCAAAGCAAAGUUAGGUCAGAGAUUAGGUUGCGUGAAGGGCGUACAAGACCUAUUGAUAUUCUCUCCAAGCAACUUGAUCCUUCGGAUGAUUUUGAUAUAGAAAUUAAUGAACCAUACAUGGUUUUCAAGGGUUUGACCGUAAAAGAAAUGGAGGAGCUCCGGGAUGACAUUAAAAUGCAUCUGGAUUUAGACAGGGCAACACCAACGCAUAUAGAGUAUUGGGAGGCACUCCUGGUGGUUAGUGAUUGGGAGCUAUCUGAAGCUAGAAAAAAGGAUGCACUGGACCGAGCUAGAGUGCGUGGAGAGCAACCACCGGCUGAGUUGCUUGCUGAAGAUAGAGGUUUGCACUCGAGUAUUGAAGCAGAUGUCAGAAGUCUGUUGCAAGGAAAAACCCGUGGUGAAUUGGAAGUAUUACAUUCUCAGAUAGAGUCCCAGAUGCGUUCUGGCACAGCCAAGGUAGUUGAGUAUUGGGAAGCGAUACUUAAACGUCUCCACAUCUAUAAGGCAAAGGCUUGUCUUAAGGAAAUUCAUACUAAAAUGUUACGCAAACAUUUAGAACGCCUUGAACAACCAUUAGGGAAUGAAGAUAACUUGGAAAUGGAUGAGAGUUUACGGCCUCCUCUAGAAGAAGAGAGUGAUCAUGAUAUAGAUGCUCCAGCUCUCUCUCCUGAACCAAUAUUGAAUGAAGAGACUCAUGAGUCAGAAGACGAGGCCGGAUCAUAUUCACCUGAGCUGUUACAUGGUGAUGAGAAUGAAGAAGCUAUUGACCCUGAAGAGGACAAGGCUAUACUGGAAUGGAAACGUAAGGCAGUAUUAGAAGAACAACAAAAACGGAUACAAGAAGCAAUGGUUUCAAGGCCAUCUCCAUCUGAAGAUAAUUUGGAGAUGAAGGCCAUGAAAGCUAUGGGAGCCAUGGAAGAAGGUGAUGCAGUAUUUGGCUCAGGUUCUGAAGUAAACCUCGAUUCACAGGUGUACUGGUGGCAUGACAAGUACCGCCCGAGAAAGCCCAAGUACUUCAACCGUGUUCACACUGGGUAUGAGUGGAACAAAUACAACCAAACUCACUAUGAUCAUGACAACCCACCUCCGAAGAUUGUGCAAGGAUACAAAUUUAAUAUAUUCUACCCGGACCUUGUUGACAAAACAAAAGCUCCUACGUAUACAAUAGAAAGGGAUGGGGAUAGUGCAGAAACCUGCAUUAUAAGAUUUCAUGCUGGGCCACCAUACGAGGAUAUCGCAUUCCGGAUUGUCAACAAAGAGUGGGAAUAUUCACAUAAGAAGGGAUUUAAGUGCACAUUUGAACGAGGAAUUUUGCAUGUAUAUAUAAACUUUACACGGUACCGAUACCGUCGAUGAGAUCUGGUGAGCUACAAGUCCCUGGUUCCUUUUUCUUGUCAAAGAGCAGAGACCUCGUGUGGGGAUUCAGGAGAAACGUUAAGUCCACGGUACAAGGCUAAACCAUCCUUUUCUGACUUCAAUUGUGUAAGAUUAAUGCUCCCAAAACCCAUGAUGAGAUGAAAUAAAGAAAUGACUAGUGGCUAAAGCUUUAUCUUUGGUUAUCUCAUUUGUUGGAUGCUUUUUGUGAAUAUAGAAUUGCAGAAAUGAAAAGUUGCAUUUAUUAGAA